UGAGCCACAGUCAUUCGUCAACAUUAUUCCAGUGAACUCGUAUAAUCUGCACUGAACUCAGUUAAACUGAACUGAAACUGAAGAGCUACAAUCCUAGAAUCCUCAAAAUGCAUUCCAUUUCGACAAUCGCUUUGAUCGCUUCUCUGGUACUGUGCGCCGCUGAUGUCUCUCAUUUGCCUCUCUCGCGUGGCUAUUUGCCACCGCUCAGUGGUGCCAGCGGCUACUCGGCGUACUCCUCGUAUCCUUCGUAUACGGGCAACUCCUACUACUCGGGCUCUCGACUUGGCUCCGGCCGAAGCUAUACCUAUAACUCUGACAUUAGCUCCAGCUACGCUGCUCCGGUGGUCAGGUCUGGCUACAACAGCUAUGCAGCUGUGCCGCAGUAUAACACCUAUGCCACGCCCUCACGCACCUAUCUACCAGCCUCGACAGGCUACUCGGGCUCUGGCUACAGCGGCCUGGACACCAAAUAUGCCGUCAAUGGUGGUUAUGUCUAUUAGGAGACGAGCUUAUGCUUAGCUUGCGACAGCUUCAAAUAUGUUUUCAUCUGUAUCCAGUGUUUAUAAUGUAUACAUAAGUAUUUUUUUUUUGUAUUCAUAAUCAAUAAAUGAUAAAGCUAUUAUUCUCCUAACUUUUGGUGUCCGAUUCGAUAGGACAGAUAUAAGACUCUCUGGGUCUACCUAAGCCUUAAUAUAUAGUCUUAUC